AUGCAACCACCUGGUCAUGAGAAUAUUAGUAAAGUAUCCCUGCGGUCAGGAAGGGUCUACCAAGGCCACAGCCAUCCUGCGAUAUCUCCACCAACUGUUUCUGAACCAAGCCAUGGGGAAGAGGGAGAAUCCAGCAGAGGUGGUCAAGUGGAAGAAAAAGGCAAGGAAAGGGUUGGAGGAGAAGCCUCAAAAGAAAUUCAGAAAGAAGAAACUGAAAGGGUUAAGCCAUAUUCGUACCGCGGAAUGGUGACGAGGAAAAGGGAUGCCACAAUCGACGUGGUAAGCAUGUUCAAGGACAUGGAUGUGAAGGUACCAUUCUUAACGGCGUUAAAAAUGCCCCCGAUCAGUAAGUUCAUUAAAGACUACCUAGCAGGAAAGGUCAAUGAGGAAGGGAGACUAAUUACAGAUGAGAACGUCUCUGCCGUAAUCCAGAAAAACGAUCUCCCCUCCAAGAAAACUGAUCCUGGAAUGUUCACGCUUCCAAUUUCAAUCGGAGACAUUCAGGUAGAGCACGCCAUGUGCGACUUGGGGGCAUCUAUCAAUGUUCUGCCAUACUCCAUCUACCGGAAGUUGGGAGAGGCCAAGCUAGUCGACACGGAUAUAGUGAUACAGUUGGCCGACAGAUCAUGUAUUCACCCCGAAGGAAUUCUGGAAGACGUUAUUGUAAAGGCAAAUAACUUUCUAUACCCAGCUGAUUUUUUCGUAAUCAAGAUGACAGAGCACACGACAAAAGAGUCGAGUGGAUUCCUACUGGGACGACCGUUCUUGUCUACGGCCAGCACUAUCAUAGACGUCCGCAAUGGGACGAUCAAAGGAGAGCAGUAUACGUUCAAUAUCAAUGAGGCCAUGAAGAGGCCAGCCGACGGAGAGAACGUGUAUUCUGUGGAUGUAACUGAGCCCUUGGUGUAA